AUGGCUUCUACUGAGUUGGCUCCGUGGGAGAGCGCCGUAGCUGGGGCUACUGGUGCUGUCCUCGCCAACGCCCUAGUAUACCCACUUGAUAUCGUGAAGACGAGAUUACAGGUACAAAUCAAGAAGAAGGACCAAGAGGUCGUUCACACCGCUGAAAACCACCACUACCACUCCACCCUGGACGCAAUCAAGAAGAUUAUCGAUCAUGAUGGUAUCACUGGUCUAUAUUCUGGAAUCAACGGAGCUCUAAUAGGGGUGGCAUCCACAAACUUCGCCUACUUUUAUUGGUACAGCGUGGUUCGACAUCUAUACACAAAAUAUCAGCGGGUUCCCGGCCAACAUCCUGGAACUGCCAUUGAGUUGUCACUCGGUGCAGUUGCUGGUGCCAUUGCCCAGAUAUUCACAAUUCCUGUUGCCGUCAUAACCACACGGCAGCAGACUCAGCCCAGAGGGCACAAGAAGGGUCUUUUUGAGACCGGUAAAGAGGUGGUCCACAGUGAAGAUGGCUGGUCAGGCCUAUGGAGAGGCCUCAAAGCUUCCCUUGUGCUGUGCGUCAAUCCAGCCAUCACCUACGGCGCAUAUCAGCGCCUGAAGGAUGUUAUCUUCCCAGAUCGUGUAAGGCUUCGUCCCUGGGAAGCCUUCCUUCUUGGAGCCAUUUCCAAGUCGAUCGCUACCCUGACCACUCAACCCUUGAUUGUGGCCAAAGUCGGUCUUCAAUCAAGACCUCCACCAGCCCGGGAGGGCAAACCAUUCAAAACCUUUAUUGAAGUUAUGACCUACAUCAUCGAACACGAAGGUCCCCUUGCCCUAUUCAAGGGCAUCGGUCCACAACUCCUGAAGGGGUUGUUGGUACAGGGGCUUCUCAUGAUGACCAAAGAGAGAGUCGAGCUCCUGUUCGUGUUGCUCUUUGCCUACAUCCGCGCUUCCAAAGCCAGGAGACUGAAGGACGUCACUGAAAAGCUAAAGGCCCGAGCUGCCCCGGUGACAGGUGACUUGAAGAGCCGUGCAAUGCCUGUCGCGGAGAACAUUCUGGAAAAGGCCAAAUCUGCUGUUCCUCUCGCGACAAAAUGA